UCUAGCAUGCACAACAGUUAUGGGGAGAGUCUUGCCCUGCCCGGUGCUACUGCUGCUGGUGCUGCUGGCCCUAGGUCCUGGAGGUGCACCAAGCUCCACCCUGGCUCAGCAGGACUGCAGUGCUGCCGACACAGUAGUGAAGGAAGGACAACGACUCGUCAUCAACACCGCAGAAUUCACCAAGAUAUAGAAAAAUAUUUCUGUUCUCUUACUUUGUUUGUGAAGCCUGAAAGUGACUUUGAGGGCGUGAGUCUUUAUGUGUGGACAAGUGACGGCACUCGCCACACUGCCUGGUUCCCUGCCGAGGAGAGCUGUUUCCCGCGCGAUGACACGUGGCUGGAAUUCAAAGCGGUGAUUUGGAGAACCGGGGCGGAUCUUUCGUUUUACUUUAGGUCUCUUGCAUGCUUGAAGGAGUGCGAGAUCAACGCUGUCCAGGCAGUGCCUAUGAACUUCGGCGUGGUGGCUCACGGCCCUUCCAAGUGGUUGACCCAGGCCCCAUCUGAAAUCUGUGGGUACCAGAUCUUAGGUAAAUCGGAUUUCAACGAAACUGCCAACUGCAUGCAAUCUCCAUCCACCACCACCAACACCACUAUAAAUGGGAUGCAUUCUACUCUUAAGAUAAUUAUAGCGGCGUCAGCAGCAGCAGCAGCAGUGGUGGUGGUGGUGGUGGUGGUGGUGGUGGUGAUCUGCUGGAAGCGGAAAGCUACCAUAUCACCACGCCCAGGCGGUCUCUUCCGGCCCCCAGAUGAGCACGUCAUAGAAAACGAGAUCUACGAGCCAUUUGACAGUCCCGCUAACGACGCCGGGCCGCAAACUUUCCAGAACGAACUGUACGAGUCCUUCAGUCCCGCCACACACUCCCGCACCCUGACGGGACAGACAUGAUGGACGGCGCAGAGAGAGAGAGAGAGAGAGAGAGAGAGAGAGAGAGAGAGAGAGAGAGAGAGAGAGAGAGAGAGAGAGAGAGAGAGAGAGAGAGAUUUAAACAUGCUACAUUAUUUUCUUCGAGUCUAUUGGUCAGUUUCACAGUGAGCAAUGAACACACAGCAAAAUCUUACAGAGAUAUACCAAGGAUUGUCAGUUAUGGGCUAGUACGUGAUUACUUACACACACACACACACACACACACACACACACACACACACACAUACACACACACACACACACACACACACACACACACACAGAC